CCUCACCAACCGCCGCCCAGCACCCGCGCCCGUACCCGCACCCGCAACCGCUACCCGUACCCCAUGUCGACGACCGACGACGUCCUCGCCCUGUCGGCCAAGAGCUGCGUCGUGCACCCGCUCGUCCUCCUGUCGAUCCAGGACCACUUUCACCGCGUCGCAAAGAACACGCGCAAGCGCGUCGUCGGCAUCCUCCUCGGCCAAGACCUCGGCCCGAAAGGGUACAACGUCGCCAACUCGUUUGCCGUGCCGUUCGAGGAGGAUGAGAAGGACCCGAGGACGUGGUUCCUCGACCACAACUACGUCGAGGCGAUGAACGACAUGUUCAAGAAGGUCAACGCGCGCGAGAAGUUGAUCGGGUGGUACCACACGGGCCCGCGGUUGCGAGCGUCCGACCUCGAGAUCAACGAGGUCAUGAAGCGGUUCACGCCCAAGCCCGUCAUGGUCAUUGUCGACGUGCGACCGGACGGCGAGCGCGCGGGCGGCGGGAUCCCGACCGACGCCUACUUUGCCGUCGACGAGAUCAAGGACGACGGGACCCAGUCGCAGCGCACGUUUGUCCACGUCCCGUCGUCGAUCGAGGCCGAGGAGGCCGAGGAAAUCGGGGUCGAGCACCUGUUGCGCGACAUCAAGAACCUGUCGGUCGGGACCCUGUCGUCGCGCGUCGCGGGCCAGCUCUCGUCGCUGCGCGGGCUCGGGACCCGCCUCGGCGAGAUCAAGGACUACCUCGAGCAGGUCGUCGCCGGCACGCUCCCGAUCAACCACCAGAUCGUGUACAACCUCCAGGACGUGUUCAACCUGCUGCCCAACCUCGAGGCGGCCGUCAGCGGCGGCGAGACGAGCGACGGCAGCAAGCGGCCGUUUACGGUCGCGACCAACGACCAGCUCCUCGUCAUGUACCUCUCGUCGCUCAUCCGCGCCGUCAUUGCCCUGCACGACCUCGUGCUGAACAAGCAGACGGCGGCACAAGCGGCAUCGGGCGAGGACGAGGAGGAGGAGGAGGCGGCGGCUGCGGCCAAGAAGAAGGAUGAGAAGAAGGCGGACGAGGGCGGGCCCGACGUCGACAAGAAGAAGGAGGGCGACGACGCCAAGAAGGUCAAGGAGUGGUUCUCGGGCGACGGCAGUGACGAGAAGGGGCACUGAGCCCUGGUUCCGCAAUGCAACUCUGUCCGUGUGCGUGCUCUC